AUGGCUGCAAAGAAUCUGGAUUUAUUAUUAUUAUUAUUAUUAUUAUUAUUAUUCCAUAACUGUUCCUUCUCAUUCCUCUUUUUAUUCAUUUUAUUCUUUUCAUUCUAUCUUUCUUUUCAUUCAUCUUUAUUCCGUUCCACUCUUUAUAUUUUUCGUCCUUUUUCAUUCUGCUUUUCUUUUUUCUUUUCUCUUCUCUCUUUUUGUUCCUUCCGUAUCUCCUUUUAUUUUUUCUCGCUGUUUUUUUUCCUUUUUUUCUAUUGUUUCGUCUUUUCUUUCUUUCCCUGUCUCACCCUAUUUUCAUUCUUUUUCUUUUCAUUCAUAUCUUCUACCUUUUCAUCACUUCUUUUAUUCCUUUUUUUUAUACUCCUCCAUCUUAUUUUUCCCUUUUUCUUUUCACCCUCCUUCUUUUUCUACCCCUUCUUUUUUUCCUCGUAUUCCUUUAUUUUUCUUUCUUCUUUUCCUGUUUCUUUUUCAUUCCCCUCUUUCGUUUCACUCUCCUUCUCUUUCUUGUUUUUUUCUUAUUUCCUUCUCUUUCUUCUUUUCGUCCUUCUUUUCCAGAUACUUUUUCUUUUGUUGUCUUUUAUCUCUACCUUCUAUUCCGGUUCAGUCUUCUUUUUCCCUUUCUUUAUGCUGUAA